AUGGUGCUCAAGGAGGUGCGCCGCGUCAACGCCGGCAGCGUGGCGAAGCGCCAGCAGCUGCGGUCCAACGCCAACGCGCGCAAGGCGGAGGAGGAGGCGCGCGCGACGGAGCAGGUCCUCGCCGCGGCCUGGAGCGUCGGCGCCGACAACCGGCGGCAGCAGCGCGACGCGGAGGCCGAGGCCAGGGCGCGGCAGAAGGACGCGCGGGACGACCUGAAGCUCAGUGCGCUGCGCGCCGAGUCGGAGCUCACGGGGGACGCGCCGCGCAUCGUCAACCGCAAGCUGCAGAAGAAGUCGCAGUCCGCGGACGAUCUGCUCGGCAUGGCGCUCAUGGAGGAGGCCUGCAAGGCCCAGCGCAAGCGCGACAAGGCCGCCGCCGCCGCGGCCGCGGCGGCGCAGAAAUCGUCGUCGCCCCGGGGCUCGCGCGACGUCGUCUUCCCCGACGGCGACGACAUGCGCGACGUCCCCCGCAACACCAACCGCGACGUCGACGUCGACGAGGCGCGCACGCUCGACGACGCCGUCGCGCUCCUCGACUCCAUGAGCAAGUCGAGCGCGAGCAAGAGCGAGUCGAACCUCGCGGGCCUCGCCAAGGGCAUGAGACGGACGGGGUCCUCCGCGACGCUCGGCGCGCGCCGCGGCGUCCGCAAGGUCUCCUCCAAGCCACCCGCGGCGCCGCGCGGCGGGCCGCCGACCAAUCCGGAGAAGCCCGCGAACCAGACCAUGAGCGCAGAGGGCGAGAAACGGGAGCGCAUCGGCAUCGUGAGCCCCAACGAGUCCCUCGACUCCUGCGUGCCGGCGUUCACGCUGCGGGCGUCGGGCGCCGGCGUCGGCGCCGCCGUCUGCGCGUACCGGAAGAGCACCGGCGGCGACGACGACGAGGCGCUGCUCGUGCCGCGCGUCGUCCAGAUGGGCCUCUACGACGGCAGCGGCGGCACCUGCGCGGGCUACCGGGCGCACAAGGACAACGGCGGCGCCGUCGACGUCGCCGGCGGGCGCCUCGCGGACUGGCGCCACAAGGGCGACCGCGACCGGCUCGGCGCCCCGCGGCCGCAGUCCAACUACCGCGAGCUCACGGCCGUGCUCUACCUCAACGACCCCGUCGGCGUCGAGGGCGGCGCGGGCGGCGAGCUGCGCUGCCACUGCGUCGACGAGGUGCGGCGGAAGCGGUCGACGGUCGACGUCGAGCCCGAGCCGGGGCGCCUCGUGCUCUUCCGGAGCCGCCAGCUGCUCCACGAGGUCCUCCCCGUGCGCCAGUGGCAGCGCGUCGCCGUGACGCUCUGGCUCCUGCUGCCCAUGCCGCGCAUCCCGCCCGCGAAGCCGCCCGCGCCCGCGCCCGCGGGGCGGCGCCGCGUCCGCGUCCGCGUGGGCAAGAAGCCCCCGGAGCUCGAGGCGCCGGCGCCGCAGCCCGUCAUCGAGCUCGAGGCGCCGGCGCCGCCGCCCCCCGCGCCGCCGCCGGAGGUCGAGGUGCCCGCGGCGCCGCCGCCGGCGGCGGAUUUGGACGCGGAGAUCCGCGAGACCGAGGAGAAGCUCCGGCGGCUCCGCGCCGCCCGGGAGGCGCAGCAGCAGCAGACGCUCGCGGCGUCGAGCGCCGCCGCCGUCGGCGACGGCUUCGUGAGCGUCAAGGUCACGGACGACGGCGACGCCGCGCGGCGGCGGACGAACGAUCUGAAUCGCGCGGCGAUGCGCGCGGGCGCGCAGCUCGCGGAGUGCGUCCCCGCGUCGGCGUGCCGGCCGUCGAAGGUCGUCUGGGACGCCCUCAACCGCGGGGACCUCGUGGAGAACCCGGGCGGGCUGUGGGGCGUGCUGCGCGGGGCCGUGCCGGAGGCCGCGUGCGCGGCGCUGCGGCAGAUCGUGCUCGAGCGGUGCCCCCUGGCGAACCGCCAGCCGGACGUGCGGGGCGACGGCGUCGCCUGGCUGCCCCUCUUCCGCAAGGACGACGACGCCUGGAACGCGGCCUUCGCGCCCGCGCGGGAGCUGCUCGCGGGCGUCGGGCCCGCGCUCGACGGGUUCUACAAGAGGGACGCGCCGCUCCUCGUGCCCCGCAACGUCCAGGUCGCCGUCUACGACGGCACGACCAUGAACGGCGGCUACGGCGCGCACCGCGACAACGCCUUCCGGGACACGGUGUCCGUGACGGAGAACCACCGCGCGGCGACGGCGAUCCUCUACCUCGACGGCCGGCCCGACUCGGGCACGGGCGGCGAGCUCCGCUGCCACGUCGGCGCGGCGGCGGAGGACCGCGAGGGCGCGACGGCGACGGAGACCGUCGAUAUCUUGCCGGAGCCGGGCACGCUCGUCGUCUUCGACUCGCGGACGAUGCUCCACGAGGUCCGCCCGCUGGCGGGCUGGAAGCGCGUCGCCCUGACCGUGUGGCUCCUGCGGCGCCCGCAGGAGCCGGUCCAGCCGCGCACCGAGGACCUCCGCACGAUCCUGGCGGCCCUCGCCAUGCGCGGCGCCUACUUCGUGGGCAGCGGCGGCGUGCCCGCGGAGUUUCGAAGUAGCCGGAGCGUCGCGACGUUCAGCUUCCGGGAGGCGGCGGCGGAUCCCGUGCCGCGCGUGCUCCACGGCGGGCCGGUGGGCUGGAAGAUCGCGGACCGCCAGAAGUCGCUGGCGAAGAGCGCCUCGCUCGGCGCCAUGAGCCCCUGGGCGACGUCCCAGGGGCGGUCCGGCACGCGGGGCGGCACGCGCAAGGGCCCGCGGCCCGGGGGCCCGCCGCGGCCCGAGCGCAUCGAGGAGCGCUUCGACAUGGACCCGGAGGGGCCCUGGCGCAUCCUCGCCGUCCACGCCGACGGCACGAACGAGAUGCGCGGACGCCCGGCGACAUCGCCCGCGAUUUUAAAAGAAAUUACCGCCCCCAUCCGCAAGUUCGGGCGCGUCUCGCAGAAACACUGCGACAUGCUCAUGGACCUACUGCGACGGAGCGGCCAGACGGGCGUCAUCAGCGUCAAGGUGCUGGGCUGGGAGCACGUCCAGCCGCAGCUCGAGGAGACCCAGCGCAUGCGCGACGCGAACAAAGUGGCCAUCACGCGCAUGUCGAGCGGCAAGCACAAGUCCAUGACCUGGCUCGGCCUCGACCGACACCGCGAGAACCUCCACCGCAUGAACUGCUCCCUCACCGAGCGGAAGGAGGAGCGCACGCCCGCGGAGGAGAAGAAGCUGCUCGGCGAGGAGCAGCGCGACAAGGACAUCAGCAGCGUCAGCGCCGGGCGCACCUGGUUCCACACGAAGCCCACGCGCAGCUUCGACUUUGGCAAGUGGCGCAAGUGGUGCGGCGGCGCCAGCUACCUCGAGCCCUUCGACCCGGACCGCGACUACGAGGACUUUUGGUACAGGGACGAGGUCCAGUGGCGCGACGGCCGCGGGUGGCGCUACUCGUGGCUCGCGGACCUGUACGCGUUCCCGAACUGGAGCCUGGCCUGCCACUAUUUUAAUGUUGGUGUUGCAUUAAAUUUGCUGGCGACGCCCGUGUCCUUCUACCUCGUGGAAUCGCUGAACGCGUCGGCGGCCGUGACGAACACGUACGCGGCGCUCACGUACCUCCCGUGGUGCCUCAAGGUCUUCUUCGGCCUCCAGAGCGACCUCGUGCCCGUGUUCGGCACGCACCGGCGCUUCUACUACGCCCUGGGCUGGGUCAUCUUCUUCCUCUGCAACUGCGAGCUCUGGCGCGAGGGCGAGCCGGGCAUCGCGUCGACGCUGCUGCUGUCCUUCGUCAUGACGAUGGGCUGCCUCAUGUCCGACACGGUCGCCGACGCCAUCAUCCUGGAGUGCACGACGGCCGGCGAGGCCGAGGCGGACACGGGGCGCAUGCGGACCCACGGCUACCUCGUGCGCCAGGUCGGGUCCACGCUCGGCUCUUUGGGAGGCGCGGUCAUCUACAACUCGAAAUCCGACGGCGGCGACUGGAGCUGGGGCUUCACCAUCGCCCAGUGCUUCGCGCUGCAGGCUUUGUUCGUCGGGCUGACGAUCUUCCCCCUCGUGCCCUUCAUGUACGAGCUGCCCGUGAAGCUGAAGGGCGACGCGAAGGCGCUCUGGCGCGACAUGUGGAAUUUCGUGGCGAACGACGGCGUCUGGGUGCCGCUCAUGUACCUCUAUUUUUACAAUUUGUGCUUCGUGUCCAACCCGGCCUGGUACAACUUCCUCUACGACGGGCUGGAUUUCUCGAAUUUCGCCGUGGGCAUGCUGUACACGGUGGGCAGCCUCCUCAGCGUCGUCGGCCUGUACGUCUACGAGAAGGUCUUCUUCAAGACGGCCUGGCGGCCGCUCUACCUGUGGGUGACGGUGAUCUCCGCCGGGUUCUCCUUGCUGCAGGUGUUGCUGGUCACGGGCGAGACCUUCGGGCUGCCGAAGAUCCUGUUCGCGACGGGCGACGUCUCGCUGCAGGACUUUGUGCAGAUGCUGACCUUUAUUCCGAUGUGCGUCAUGUUUUUCGCGAGCGGCCGGCGUCCCGCGGCGGCCAUGAUCCCGAAGGGCACCGAGGGCACGGCCUACGCCAUGCUGAGCACGUGGCAGAACGUCGCCGCGGAAGUCGGCUACGACGUCGGGACGUCCCUGGACUGCGGCGUCAACGUGUCGAACAGCGCCCUGGAGAAGGGCAACUGGACGGGCGUGCUCAAGCUGACGAUCAUCUGCGGGUGCAUCCAGUUCCUGCCCGUCUUCGGCAUCUACGUCGAGACGCCCCGGGACAAGGUCAAGCUGCUGCCGAACGACAUCGCCGAGACGACGGCGCAGUGCGAGCGCGGGCGGAGCUCGUGGUGGGGGGCCUUCGCCUUCUUUUUCUUGUUCUCCGCGUCCAUCGUCGUCUCCCUCGGCCAGGCGCUCUACGCCGUCGCGGCGCAGCAGCGGCUUCUCGACGCCGCGCUGCUCGCGUCCGCGGCCGAGGCCGCGGCGCCGGACGCGGACCUCGAACGCGCGCUGGCCAUGUCGCUCGAGGCGAAGGGGCCGCCGGACCUCGAGCGCGCGACGGCGCUGUCGCUGGCCGCGGCGGCGGCGAGCGGCGACGCCGACGACGCGGACCUCGAGCGCGCGCUCGCCAUGUCGCUCGCCGACGGCGGCGCGCCCGUGAAGCCCGAAGCCCCGAGGCCGGAGACGCCGGACGCGGCGACGGCCGCGCGCGUCGCGCAGCUCCUCGGCUUCGGGUUCUCGCGUGAGGACGCGGAGCGCGGCGCGGCGCGGUGCUCCACGGCCGACGAGGCGGUGAUCUGGCUCGUCGAGGAGCGGGCGCGCGUCGACGACUGCCGCGCGGUCGACGCGGCGCGCGAGCGGUCCGAGGCCGACGCGGACGCGGCGAAGGCGCGGCGCGCGGCGCUGGCCAAAGUCGACGAGGAGGAGCUCGCCUUCGGCGUCGGCGAGAACGCGUACCGGAAGCGCGCGGCGCUCCUUGACGCUCCGGACGCCGCGGCCGUCGCCGUCUUCGGCGCGCCGGCGCUCCGGGCGCUGCUCCUCGACGACGCGAAGCCGCGCGCGCGCCGCGAGCUCCUGCGACUGCUGUCGCUCGCGCGGGACGCGGCCCGCUGGUACCCGCGGCACGCCAUGGCGUGCCUCGACCGGCGGCUGCGGGCGCUCGAAGGCGACGAGGACGCGCUCCGGCUCGAGGCGGAUCGCUUCUCCGACGCGCUCUUCAAGUUUUCCGGCGGCGGCGUGCCCGCGUUCUUCCUCGGCGACGCCGCCGCGGAGCCCGACGACGGCGAGGUCGAGCUGCGCCCCGCGCCGCCGCGCGACGCCGCGGACGUCAUCGACAGCGACCGCGCGCCCGUGUCCGGGCAGAUGCGCACGAAGGCGCCGUCGCCGCCGAGCAGCGAGCACCAGACCGCGCCGUCGGGCGCCGUGCCGAUGGCCGGGCCCGUCAUCUUGCCCGUGACGUCGCAGCAGACCGGCGGGUGGGGCACGUCGACCUGCGUGCACUCGCCCGUCCGCGAGUCGAUCUUGAGCACGCAGGGCUCGGCGGAGCCGACGUCCUGCGCCGUCCAGCAGUCGCAGCCGCCGAGGCCGUCGCCGUUCUCGCCCACGGGGCCGACGUGCCACGCGUCCUGGUCGUCGAGGAGCAUGCCGCCGGGGCAGACGGGGAUGCGCACGAGCACGCUGUUGGACAUCUGGCUCACGAAGACGCACUUCGUCACGGGCUCGUAG